AUGGCUUCUUCUCAGCAUUUCAUCAUCCUGGCCAUUCUAGCAAUCGUUGCCCCUUCAAUUCUGGCAACAGAUUAUGUUGUUGGUGAUGACAGAGGUUGGACAACUAACUUUGAUUACCAAGCUUGGGCUCGGGGGAAGAUGUUCGUUGUUGGCGACAACCUUGUUUUUCAUUAUGCAGCAGGAGUGCACAAUGUGCUGAAAGUGAACGGCACUGGGUUCCAACAAUGUGCAGCUCCUGCAGGCACUGUGCCGUUAACAAGUGGUCAUGAUGUGAUAAACCUAGCAACCCCAGGAAGGAAGUGGUACAUUUGUGGAGCUCCUAACCACUGUACUGUUGGGGGACAGAAGCUUGCCAUCACUGUGAUGCCAUCGUCGUUUGCUCCUAGCCCGAGCCCUCUCUCUAGAUCUGCAGAUUCCGUCACUCCUAGCCCUAGCCCCACCUCUGCUGGAUCAUUUCAAUUCAUUUGUACAAUCAAACCGAUCAAGCUCAUCAUCUCAAACCAACCAACUUUUAAGACCCUAGUUACCUCCAUACUAGCUAAUCCCAAACUCGCAAUGGCCUCUACUCAGCACUUUGUCAUCCUUGCCAUCAUCCUAGCCAUUUUUGCCCCUUCAAUCCUGGCUACCGAUUACAUCGUUGGCGACGGUAAAGGUUGGACUAUUAACUUCGAUUACCAAGCUUGGGCUCAGGGAAAGAUGUUCUACGUCGGCGAUAUCCUCGUUUUCAAUUACCCCCAAGGAGUACACAACGUGUACAAAGUGAACGGCACCGGGUUUCAAGAGUGUGCAGUCCCUGCCGGCGUCAUGCCUUUAACAAGUGGAAAUGAUGUGAUCAACCUCGCAACCCCAGGAAGAAAAUGGUACAUUUGUGGUGUUGCUAGGCAUUGUUCUGUUGGACAGAAGCUCUUCAUCACUGUCAUGCCAUCGAUGGCUCCCAGCCCAAGCCCCCUCUCUGCCUCAUCCGCUGUUCCUAGCCCCAGUCCCACCGCCAGAUGCAGCUAGUCGAAGUGUUAGCGCAGCAGAGUAUGGGCGGCUGGUGAUUACUAUCAGAUAUUGUUCUUAGAGUAUUUGUUUCUAGUUAAGAAUAAGCGUCAGCAAUUUUGUUAUACUACACACACUAUAUUGGAAUUGAUCUCUACAUUCUUUAU